CUCUCGCGGCUUCCUUUUCUGCGGGUGGCUUUCGGAGGAGGAGGAGGAGGAAACUCCCUGGCAAGAAAGAGGAAAAGAAAGCCGGCCUUUCCCUUCCUCUUGCUUGCUUAGGACCACCGAGCGGGGCGGGAGGGGGGCGCGCCGAGGGGGAAGGAAGCAAGGAACCAGGCGAUUGCAGCUUCUUACGACGCCAUGUCGGACGGCGAGAAGCUCAAUUUAGAUUCCAUCAUCGCGCGCCUGCUGGAAGUGCAAGGAUCACGUCCAGGCAAGAAUGUUCAGCUGUCAGAAAAUGAGAUUCGGGGCCUAUGUCUGAAAUCACGAGAGAUCUUCCUGAGCCAGCCCAUCUUGCUGGAACUAGAAGCCCCACUCAAAAUUUGUGGUGAUAUCCAUGGGCAAUACUAUGACUUGCUCCGGCUUUUUGAAUAUGGAGGUUUCCCCCCAGAGAGCAAUUACCUCUUUUUGGGUGACUAUGUGGACCGGGGGAAGCAGUCGUUAGAGACAAUCUGUCUGCUGUUGGCCUACAAAAUUAAAUACCCUGAGAACUUCUUCCUUUUGCGUGGCAAUCAUGAGUGUGCGAGCAUCAACCGUAUCUACGGCUUCUAUGAUGAAUGUAAACGGCGGUAUAACAUAAAAUUAUGGAAGACCUUCACCGAUUGCUUCAACUGCCUACCUAUUGCUGCCAUCGUUGACGAGAAAAUCUUCUGCUGUCAUGGAGGACUCUCUCCUGACCUCCAGUCUAUGGAACAGAUUCGGCGGAUCAUGAGGCCAACAGAUGUGCCUGACCAGGGUCUGCUUUGUGACUUGCUCUGGUCGGAUCCUGACAAGGAUGUGCAGGGCUGGGGUGAAAAUGACCGUGGUGUCUCCUUUACAUUUGGUUCAGAAGUGGUCGCCAAAUUUCUUCACAAACAUGAUCUUGACUUGAUCUGCAGAGCGCAUCAGGUGGUAGAAGAUGGAUAUGAAUUUUUUGCCAAACGGCAGCUGGUGACACUCUUUUCUGCUCCAAACUACUGUGGCGAGUUUGACAAUGCAGGGGCAAUGAUGAGCGUUGAUGAGACCCUCAUGUGCUCCUUCCAGAUCUUGAAACCAGCAGACAAGAACAAGGGCAAAUAUGGUCAGUUCAGUGGCUUGAAUCCUGGUGGACGCCCAGUCACUCCACCACGCAACUCAGCCAAAGCCAAGAAGUAAUGUGUCCUGCCUGCCCUCCCUAAGGGGCCUGGGCUGUCUUGCAUAGCGGUUACACUGUACAGCGGCUGCUUACCUAGGAUGCUAGGAUCCAGCCAUUUUUUUUAAAGAAAAAAUGAAUGAGAUUGAAUACCAAAAAAAAAAAAAAAAAUCUCAUUCUCUAGGAAGGGAAUGUCAUUAUUUUUGGGGGUAUUUUUGAUUGACUUUUUUGCCAACUGUGUCCUGAUGUGUGCACCCCUUUCCCCUCUGGGGGUACCACAUCUCUUUUUGAAUAAACAUGUAAUAUUCUUAA